AACAUGCUUGAAGAACUAUUAAUUCAUAAGCCAGAUGAUCCCAUUCAGUAUAUGAUAAACCAUUUAAAGCAAAACAACGAUGAUGCUCCAAGAAUUUGUGUACUUGGUCCACCUGCUUCUGGGAAAACUACAGUUGCAAUGUGGCUUUGUAAACAUUUGGAUGCCAUACGUAUCUCUCGGGAGACUUUGUUAUUCAAGGAAAUAUUAGCGCUGACAAAGGAAGCAAAGGCAUAUAAAGAAAGAAAACAGGAAAUUCCCAACGCGCUUUGGGCCAAUCUGAUCCAGGAACGUCUGUCAAAUGUGGACUGCAUGAAACAAGGAUGGAUUUUGGAAGGCUUCCCUGAAAAUCAGGAGCAGGCAUGGAUGCUGCAAUCAUCUGGCAUCAUUCCUAGGCAUGUUGUUGUGCUUUAUGCUGCAGACACUGUGCUGAUUGAGAGGAACAGUGGGAAAAGGCUUGAUCCCUUCACAGAAGAGGUGUACCAUACGACCUUUGACUGGCCAAGUGAUCCGCUGGUACAGCAACGUUUGGUGAAACCAGACGGUCUAUCUGAACAGGAGAUGUCAAACAAACUGCUGGAGUAUCACAGAAACUUCCCUGCGGUUUUCCAGAUCUAUCAAAAAGUUUUGAAAUCGAUCAAUGCAGACCAGCCUUCCAUGGAUGUCCUCUCACAGGUUCUUACCUAUGUCCAAACACGGCACCGAUCAGCCGCCCCCUUUACACCACGGAUUCUCUUUUGUGGACCCCCAGGCAGUGGGAAGAGCCUGCAGGCAGCACUAAUAGCUCAGAAAUAUGGUGUUGUCAACAUUUGCUGUGGGCAACUGCUAAAGGAAGCUGUUGCAGACAAGACAAAACUUGGAGAACUUGUUAAGCCUUAUAUUGACAAUGGAUACCCAG